GUUAAACCCUAAACCCCACUGAAAUCAGCAGCAGAAAACACAAUUCCAUCCAUAGUUUAUCUCUCCCUCCUUCAGACCUCCGAGCUUAGCUUCAACAAUGGCGGCUCUAAGCUACAAGAAGAGCUACCGUAGUACUCAGUCAUUGCAACAGUUCUACACUGGCGGUCCUUUCGCCGUUUCAUCCGACGGCACAUUCCUUGCAUGUACCUGCGACGAUUCCAUCAAAAUCGUCGAUUCGUCGAAUGCGUCAAUCAAGUCCACCAUUGAAGGCGAUUCGGAGCAAGUUACAGCUCUCGCACUUAGUCCUGAUGAUAGAUUCCUCUUCUCUGCCAGCCAUAGUCGGCAAAUCAGGGUUUGGGACCUCUCUACGCAAAAAUGUAUUCGGUCUUGGAAGGGACAUGACGGACCGGUGAUGGCUAUGGCCUGUGAUGCGUCGGGUGGAUUGCUAGCAACUGCUGGAGCUGAUCGGAAAGUUCUUGUCUGGGAUGUCGACGGUGGAUUCUGCACACAUUACUUCAAAGGACACAAAGGAGUUGUCACUUGCAUCAUGUUUCAUCCUGACCCUAAUUGCCUCCUUCUUUUCUCCGGAAGUGAUGAUGCAACUGUCCGGGUUUGGGAUCUUAUUGCUAAGAAGUGUGCCGCUACAAUGGAAAAGCAUUUCUCUGCAGUGGUUUCCUUGGCAAUGUCUGAAGAUAGAAGAUUCUUACUGAGUGCUGGAAGAGAUAAGGUUGUUAAUAUGUGGGACCUCAAAAGCUAUGGAUGCAAGACAACCAUACCGACUUACGAGGUGCUUGAAGCCGUGUGUGUUAUUAGUUCUGGAACUGCGUUCUAUGACAGUUUGUUGUCACAAAAGCCUAAGAAGAGCAAAGAUGCCACACAAGAAGUUUAUUUUUUAACUGUUGGUGAACGCGGAAUUGUUCGAAUAUGGAACUCUGAGGGUGCAGUUUGUUUGUUUGAGCAGAAGACUUCAGAUGUAGCUUUUAGUCUUGACGAAAAUGAUUUAAGAAGAGGUUUCACUGCCUCCUGCAUGUUACCCUCAGACCAAGGAUUGCUAUGUAUCACUGCUGAUCAGCAGUUUCUAUUUUACUCCCUCUUGAAGCAUUCUAAAGAAGAUCUGGAUUUGAGUCUCUGUAAAAGGCUCAUUGGAUACAAUGAAGAAAUAGUAGAUAUGAAGUUCUUAGGUGAAGAUGAAAAUUUUCUCGCUGUUGCCACCAACCUGGAACAGGUGCGGGUCUACGACCUUGCUUCAAUGUCAUGUUCCUAUGUACUUGCUGGGCAUACUGGGAUUGUUUUGUGUCUUGACACCUUCACAUCAAGUUCUGGAAGCACACUUAUUGUAACCGGCAGCAAGGACAAUAGCGUUAGAUUAUGGGAUUCAGAAAGAAGAAGGUGCAUAGGGGUUGGAGUUGGUCAUACUGGAGCUGUUGGAGCUGUUGCUUGUUCAAAGAAAGGGCAGAACUUUUUUGUUAGUGGUAGUAGUGACCGUACAAUAAAAGUGUGGAACAUUGAAGGACUCAACAGCGAUGCUGAAGAGCCUAGCAGCCUUAAAGCAAAAGCUGUAAUAGCAGCCCAUGAUAAGGAUAUCAACUCUCUUGCUAUUGCACCAUGCGACAGCUAUGUCUGUAGUGGUUCUCAGGAUCGCACUGCCUGUAUAUGGAAGCUUCCAGACCUAGUGUGUGUGGCAAAACUAAAGGGCCAUAAACGAGGAAUCUGGUCUGUUGAGUUUUCUCCUGUUGAUAGAUGUGUAUUAACAGCAUCUGGAGACAAGACAAUAAAAAUGUGGACCCUUGAUGGUUCAUGUUUAAAGACAUUUGAAGGACAUACAUCUAGUGUAUUGAGAGCAUCCUUCAUUACACGUGGGACUCAAUUUGUUUCGAGUGGUGCUGAUGGAUUACUGAAGCUUUGGACAGUGAAAAGUAAUGAAUGCAUUGCUACUUAUGACGAACAUGAGGACAAGGUAUGGGCCUUGGCAAUUGGAAAGAAGACAGAGAUGCUUGCUACAGGAGGUGGUGAUGCAGUUAUCAAUAUAUGGAAUGAUUCCACUGCCGCUGAAAAGGAAGAGGCUUUUCGUAAAGAGGAAGAAGGGGUUUUGCGUGGUCAAGAGCUUGAAAAUGCUGUUUCAGAUGCUGAUUAUGCUAAAGCAAUACAGAUUGCCUUUGAGCUUAGGAGACCUCACAGGCUCUAUGAACUUCUUUCAGAACUUUGCAGGAAAAAAGACGCUGUUGAUCAUUUAAGAAAAGCUCUUUUGCAUCUAAGAAAGGAGGAAGUUCAGCAACUUUUUGAAUAUAUUCGAGAGUGGAAUACUAAGCCGAGGUUGUGUCACAAUGCUCAGUUUGUUCUUUUUCAGGUUUUCAGUAUGCUUUCCCCGACGGAUAUUGUAGAGGUGAAAGGCAUAGGAGAGCUUCUUGAAGGGCUCAUCCCUUAUUCUCAGAGGCACUUCAGCAGAAUUGAUAGGCUUGAAAGAAGCACAUUCUUGUUAGACUACACUCUUGUAGGCAUGUCAGUUAUAGAACCCGAAGCCGAUAGAAGCAAACCAUUAAAAAAUUCUGGAAAGAAAGUUGAUACUGAGGACACACCUGAUGAUCCAGUAUACGUGAAAAUAGAAUCUGGGUCUGAAGCAACUGUAGAGACAAAACAAAAAAAGGGGUCGAAGAAACGAAAAUCUAAGAAGUCUUCGGAGGUUGUUUCUUACAAGAAGGUUAAAAACUUGCCUAACACAGAGGCUUCAGUUGUAUCAUUGCAGGCAUAAUGCUGCAAUUAUGUAUUUUAUUUGUUCUGGAACUAAUUGUAAAGAUAACACAUGGAAUAUUUUGAUUUAGAGUUGAUCAUUAUUUAAAAAAUCACAAUUAUGUAGUUGUAGCAAUGAGAUUUUGUAGGAGAAAGAGUUUUGUCCCGGAGUUUCUUA